UGAGCAGCGACAGCAAUAGCGUAUUGACAUUUACAUUGCAAAUUUUCCCGUCUCUCAAAUUCUCACUCAAAAUCCAUAUAAAGCAUCGACCCAGAAGCCUUAAUAGCUUCAUCAUGAGCUCUGCCUCUCGUUCUUCUCCAAGAGAAGCCGAAUUAAACGGUACUGAUUGCCGUGGCGCCAUCACGUUGAAGGAGUGGCAAGGAUGGGGCUGCGUAUCUCCAGUACCAGCAAUGGUAAACUCCGUCAUUAAGGAAUUGAAGCUUUUGGAGAAUAAUAUUGAUUCCCAAAUGGUUUUUGGCGGUAAUGGCGGCAAAUUACAGGGGGAUUUUAAAGUCCAAGAGGAUAAGAAGCAUAGGGCCAAAUAUGAGACUUUGGGUGACUCAGACAAGAAGUUCCAGUUCUUUUCUGCUCGACAAAUAGCAUGCCGAUUGCUUGGUAGUCGGGGCUACCUAUGCCAGAAGUGUUGGCUUCCUAUGGGAUGUAUGUGUUUGAAAGUCAAGCCAUGCUCGUUAUGGCAUGGUAUAAGGUUUUGGUUGUAUAUGCAUCCAAAGGAUUUUCUAAGGCAGAACAACACUGGGAAGUUGUUAUGGCAAGUAUUUGGUGUUCAAUCUGCAACUUUGUGUCUUUAUGGAAUUUCUGAAGAUGAGGAAAUCAUGUGGAAUGCAUUUAAGGAUGCAGGAAAAGACAAGGUUUGGUGCCUUUAUCCAAAUCAAAACACAGUACCAAAAACAGUUCAGGAUGCCUUUAGCUGUCAAUCUUCAGCAUAUAUGAGAUGUGCAUACUCGACGACAAAUAGAGACAGGCCUCUGAAUUUUGUUCUGAUUGAUGGCACAUGGAGCAAUUCUGCAGCAAUGUUCAGGCGUCUCAAGGAGCAAGCAAAGUUGGUCUGGGGAGAGGAAGACCUCCCUUGCGUUUCUCUUGCCACAGGUGCAUCUGCUAUGCAUAAACUUCGGUAA